UAGCAAUUCGUGUAAGAGGAUUCAAGAUUUUUCUUAUGAUGAUGGACAUGACAGCUGACGCUGACAGCAUGUAUGACAGUUUGAAAUGUCAAACGAGCCCAGUAGGUGGAAUUUUGGUUUAUUAUGGAAUAAUUUUUAAUUAUUGUUGUUAAUGAGUGUGAUUUUAUUUUUGUUGCAUAGUUUAUUUAAUGUUUGAUGUUGAAACAAUCAAUAAUUGAAAUGAUGCACCUCAAUGCAGAUAUUUCAAGUGCUCUACAACUCCUGGAAGAUAUAAAACAAACAGUGGAUAACAUAGGAGACCCAAAACUUCAACUUAACACUAGCCAAGAUCUAAAUUUACUCAUAAGUGUUCUAGAAAACCCCGUUUUUAGGAGUAUAGUCACUGUACAGGAUUCUGUCAGUGAAUUAAAUCAACAGUUAAGUCAGCAUCCAUCUAUUUUACCUGUAGAUUUUGAUAUAACAGCUGCAGGGGAGUUAGUUUUGAAUGUACCACCAGCAGGAGAGCUGUACGAUCCUGAUUAUACUGAUGACUAUCCUCCUGGUAGAGAUUUUGAUGAGCAAAGAGUGCCUUCUGCACCUAUAUCUCCUAGUUCACCCCAAGUGCCCCUUUUAAGUAACACAGAUAACCAGUUGCUACUGGUCAACAGUCCGAAAUUAAAUAGUAGGCUGUGUAAUUCUGAGUCACUUAGAGUUUUGCAAAAUAAUCCUGGAUUUGCUACCACCGAUGAUGAUAUUAUUCAUCGUUCUCCUUCAGUUGGUAGUAAUAAUUCAAAAACUGAACCAGAUAACUUAAUAAACAGUGAAUGGUCACAGGUUGAAAGCAUUGAUCUUAUCAAUGAUGGUACUGGUUUAGGUUUUGGAAUAUUAGGAAUGCGAAAUAUGGGAGUUGUAGUAAAGACUAUUCUACCUGGUGGGGUUGCUGAUAGAGAUGGUAGAUUACAAAGUGGUGAUCAUAUUUUACAGAUUGGCGAUGUUAAUCUCCAAGAAAUGAACUCUGAACAAGUAGCAUCAGUAUUAAGACAAUCUGGUACUCACGUCAGACUCAUAGUAGCCAGACCAGUAGAUAUAUCAUCAACCGAAUAUAAGUAUUUGGGAAGUUCUGCACCUUUAGUUCCCACACGUUUACUACAUGACUGCACUGAAUUAGACAAAUACUUAGUACAACACAAAUACGCUCCAGUCUUUCAAAAAAAUAUUGACACUGAACUAUUUCAAAGUGAUUUGUCUAUGCCUUAUGGAAUAUCAGGACUAUCAAGGGUCCCUGCUUCCCCUUCAUUGCCAUUGUUGAAUCUAGAUAUGGUUGUUAAAAUGCCAGAAAUGGAAAAAUUCACAGUAGAAUUGAAGAAAGAUAUUAACGGUUUGGGUAUAACAAUUGCUGGUUAUGUUUGUGAAAAAGAAGAAUUGUCAGGAAUUUUUGUGAAGAGUGUCAGUAAAGGUAGUGCAGCUGAUAUAAGUGGCAAAAUCAAAGUCAACGAUAGAAUAGUAGAAGUUGAUGGUCAAUCACUGCAGGGCUAUUCCAACUUGCAAGCUGUUGAAGUGCUGAGAAACUCCGGUAGUAUAGUCAAGUUGUGUUUAGAGAGAUAUCUACAUGGACCGAAAUACGAGCAACUUCAACAAGCAAUCGCAGCUAGUGAAAUAAAACCGGCAUCACCUCCUGAUGUGCCACGAUUCCUCAAGGAAGAAGGAAUGCUAAAUCUUAACAGCAGCUGCAGUAAUAAUCAUGAUUCUUCUCAGAUGCAUAAGGAACAUUACAACAAUGUUUUAACUAAACAAGAACACCUAAUUCCGAUAAAUGAAGAGGCUCUCCAAAAGAAAUGGCAAAUUAUAAUGGGACCAGACACUGAAAUAAUCAUAGCACAACUAACCAAGUUUGGAGAAAAAGGGGGGUUGGGUAUAAGUUUAGAGGGUACAGUAGACGUAGAAGAUGGACAAGAAGUUAGACCGCAUCACUACAUCCGUUCAAUUUUACCAGAGGGUCCUGUAGGCAGAAAUGGGACUUUGAAAUCAGGAGAUGAAUUAUUAGAAGUCAACAAUCAUAAGCUACUAGGUAUGAAUCACCAUGAAGUAGUCAGCAUUCUCAAAGAUCUACCUAUCAAUGUCUGCAUGGUUUGUGGCAGAAAUCCUCUAAAUCUACUAGCUCAGCGUGACGACUCCAUAACAGAUCGGGGAUCUCUGAAUAGGAGUUUACAAAAUUUGCUUCCAGUUUCUGACAGACUCGUCAAAGCCAAAUCGGACGGAUCUUUAGCAAGCAGUAUCACAAUUUUAGGAUCUUCAGAUCAAGCUUUCACAAAAAUGAAGUCUCGGUCAUUAGAACCACUGACUGGGCUUGCAAUGUGGAGUUCCGAACCGCAGAUAAUCGAAUUAGUAAAAGGCGAACGUGGCUUGGGCUUUUCAAUUUUAGACUAUCAGGAUCCUAUAGAUCCAAAUGAUACUGUUAUUGUGAUAAGGAGUUUAGUGCCAGGUGGCGUAGCACAAUUAGAUGGUAGGCUUAUUCCAGGUGAUAGACUUUUAUUCGUUAAUGACACAUUGUUAGAAAAUGCUUCCCUUGAUCAAGCUGUGCAAGCUCUUAAAGGUGCACCCAAAGGAAUUGUUAGGAUAGGCGUAGCUAAACCAUUGCCAAUUCCAGAUACAAUAGGUCAUAAUUCUCUUAUUGAUAUUGACUCAAACAGAUAUGUAACUGCAAAUUCUAUACUAAAUUAGCAGUUUUUAUCUUGAAAAGUUUUUUUUAAGAAUUUACUACUUCUUAUAAUAGACUAUCACUUCACACAAAUAUGGUUGUUCUUAACUUCAAAAAAUCCUUUAUAUAUGGCUGAACUUUAAAAUGUUCUUUAAUUCUUACUUGAUUCGAGCAAGCAGGCUCUCCUGUGUACAUUUGGUCACAAGUUUAUUUAUUAUGGAGAUAAAUCUAUGAAGUUUGAGUUAAGUUAAGAAGAAGUAAACUCUUAUAAUUUGUGAUCAUGGAAGCUGUAUUUUUUAUUUUUUGCUUUGUGUUUAAGAUCAAAAUAUCAAAAUUUCUGGCUGUUUCAAGUAAAACAAAACAAACGUAUUAUUAAAGCAUAUAGAAUAACAACGUACAAGUUACAUUCUAUUUCUUUAAGAUAUUAGCUGCAUUAUGUGACAUUUAUCAAACGCAAAAUAAAGCCACUAAUAAUUUGUAUGUUGGUGUUUUUAGGGUAGCGAAAAAUUUACAUUUCUUAUCAUUAGUUAAGUUUGAAUCAAUAAUUAAAUUUGGCAUUACUCUACACUACAUUGAGGACCUCCUAUUUCUUAUAACAUAUCAUUCCAUUUUAAAUAAAUUCGUUUUCAAUUUUCCGGAAAUUGAAUGUGUUUUAUAGUACAUAUUGUACAGCAAUAAUUUUUCAAGAUGUCUGAAAAAGUCAUAGUUUUGAUAUAGUUAGAUCUGAUAAAACUUAAUAGAUAUAAUAUAACAAAGUUAGUUUAUUCGUUGUAUAUUUCUGUAUAAUUUUUCAAGGUAGCGAAGAAUCUCGUUAAUUUUAACAGUGGAUUAGAAGUGUAGAAAAAAUACAUAUUAUUGCCUUGAAAAAAUGUACACUGAAUUACUUUUAAGUAUUUAACAAAGUUAUAUUUUAUUUACAUUUUUAAAUUUUAUUUUUAUAUAUCAAAAUUUCGUUAUUAUUCUAAAUAAUAUUAAUUAAAUUUCUAUUAUCUUUUACAAUGUUUUUUAUCAUUAUUUAAAAUAAACUUUAAAAUAUUAAACUAUAUAUAUAAAUACGAUAGGCAUAAUGGUAAAAAAAUAAACACCAAUAUUAAUUUUCCCAAUACUUUUUUUGGCAUUCACUUUUGCCUACAUGAAUAGCAAUAAGUCUUUAAAUCUGCAAGUAUCUCACAAACUGUAUAAAGUUCAUUACCCGUUAUAAUGAAGAAGUAACAUUUCCUGUCGCUUUUUAUGCUUUUACAGCAGAGAACAAACAAUAAAUUCUUCGAUACAUAUUCGCAACGUAGUAUUAAUUGCAUACAUCGUGUACGUGCAGUUAUAUUUUAAUUGACCAAAUUACUAUGUUCCACAUACGCAUUUUGAAUCUGACAAUCUUCGAAUAGUAUAAUUUUUUGUGUUUUAUGAUUUUUAAUAGAACCAUGUGUUAAGCUGCAUACUGACUUUAUGCACUGAGUAAAUUUUUCAACCAUGUGUGCAAUCGUCUUAACUCAGUAAUAUGCGCAUUCAAGGUAACGCGACUUGACUCUACAUAAUUAUUAAAUAUGCCAUACCUACCUGUAUUUUUGUACAGCAGUUCGUAGUUUCGCAAAAGUUUAUACAUAUAGAAGUCUAGUUUUAGGAAUCGGAAAUUUUCAGGCAGUUGUAUUGGUUUUCCUCACUGUAAUGUGAAAAUAAACCAGAAAUAAUAUAUUCAAUAUUUCUUGCAGGUUCUAAAUUUGGUGUUGAAACUAAUUUUAAUUUGAAUUAUCUUCUUUGUUGAUCCAUGGUUAAAAAAAAUAGGAAAAUAUUGUAAUUUAGAAUACUGUCCGCUUGUUUAAAGUUACACCAAAAACUACUUUGAACGGUUCAACUGUGAAAUAAUUUUUAUGUUUAAUGUUUUACUUAAAUAUGAAAAAUCAUAAAGACGCAUUAUACCUUACAAUACUAUACAGAAGGUGUUCUGAUCACAUUACUCUUAAUAUUUUUACAUAGAGACUAAACUCUAUUCCUCGUCAAUUUUUUCCUAAUCUGCCUAACACCUAAGUUUUAGAAUCUGUGUCAGUAAUCAUCCCUGCUCUCCCUAAAUAGACUUCUAAACUAUAUUACGAAUAGUACUUAGGUUUUACCAAAGAAAACCUUUGAACAAGUUGCUUUAACAAUACCAGUGGGUGGGUAUCAAUAUCGAAAUGAUAGACUACUUGAAGAGGUAGAUUAGUUUGAUGUAGAUGAGGAAAUGUUAGCUAGUAUUCAAGUAUUGUACGUCCUUUAUCUAAAAAAAUAGCGUUGGGUGAAUUUCAUAUUCACAUAUGGCAUUUAUACAAAUAUUUCAAAAACUAGGUGUUAUUGAUGUGUCCAUUGGUUUAAUAUUGUACCUACCAAGCGAAUAUAAAGAAGAGAUCUUAAGAAAAUGCAAGAUAUCUCGAGUAUAUUACUAAUUAGUUAGUUGAUAAUUGAAUUAACAUUAUAUAAAAAUAGUAUAAAUAAAUGAAACAUUACUAUUACAGACAUAUGCCCAACUGCAAAUUUUUAUGAUUUAUAUGUUAGAUGUAUGCUAAUAGAACACCAAUAUAACGUAAUAUCGCACUCGUAAUAUUAUUUAAAAAACUGCAUUAUGCAUUUUAUAUGACGGCCUAAAUAUUUUCUUUCAAUUUAUUUAUAAUGUAGACAAUUAAUAGCGAAUUUGCAACGGCAAAAAUUUAAUAAGCCAUCAUAUAAAAGGGAGACUUAAAUAUUUGUAAAUAUUGUAAAAUUAAAUCUAAAUAAGAUAUAUUAUGAAUCCGAAGCUACUGUUUAGAUGUACAUGAUGUCUCAAUAAUACUGGAUGCCCCAGUUUUAUUACAUGUUAUUUUUAUAGAAACCGAUUUGGAAUUACUUUGUAAACAUUUAAAAGAUUUAAAAACCCAAUGUGAGGUACUUAUGCAAUGGAUUGUAGUGCAAUUUGUGUUUUAAAUUAACUUAUAUUAAGUUAUUAAUUACAUCACAUAUUGUAAGAUAAAUGUUAUCCUUACAUUCACUAUAUUAUUAGAUUUAAAAUAUAAAAUUGAUGGUUUUUAUUACAUAUUUUAUUUUAUCGAAACAGGUAUUAAGUUGCCUAUCGGAUUUUUGGAUCUUUUAUUUUCGUAUGAAUAAGUUUAUAUAGAUGAAUAAAGUCAUUGUUAUUAGUAUUAUUAUUAUUAUGAUUAGAAAUUUUAAAUAAAAGAAUUUCAUUUGAAGAGUGAAUUACCAUAAACAAUUCAUUUCUUUAUUUAUACCAAUUAUCGAAUUGUUUUAAGAUUUUAUUUCCCUAAUACGCUAUAUUAGUGAUGACGAAAUAUGUUUUCCACUGACAAUUACAGUGACUUAUAAAUAGAGGUUCAUUAAUAUUUAAUUUCUAUUAUUUACAAGAUUGUAUUCAUUUAAACACUAAAAAUAAAAUUGGUUAAGUGCAUACAUCAUUUUAAACUAUUUUUGUACCACCUGCUAACAAUAUUAAAAAGAAAACUAUGUCAAAUUGAAUGAUACAUCCGAUGUGAGCUUGUGGAAUUCUGUACCAUACUGUAAAAAGUGAUUUUUUGGUUGUUUUUCCUAGAUUUUCACCUCGUUUGAUGAUUAUUUAAAUUCGCAGAAUAAUAUAUUUAAUUAUGUUCUCGAACCUUGUAAUUUUUACCACACGUAACCAAUACGUCUAGAGCCUUUAUUUAUUACAUUCACAUUUGAAUCUAAUCCUCAGUCACGUGAUCAAAAAUUCACAUCUCUGUUGCAUCCGAUGUAGAUAAACAAACGCAGCAUAAUAUAGCGUAUGAAGGUCGAUAUAUAUUAUUGGGACAUUCUGUAUGUUCUCGGAGGGUUGUCCCUACCUGUUAGUUAAUUUAAUAUCUACACUACUCGACUAAAAAAAGUGAUUAGUUAACUUUAGGAUUAUUUAAAUACUCUUGACAAUAAAUUUGUUUGAAACUGG